GUUAGGUGAUGGGUUAGCUAAAUGGAUUAAGGUUAGGGUUAGCUAACAUGCUAAGUAGUUGCGAAGUAGCUAAAAAGUACUAACUACAUCAAAAGUCACUAAUUAGCUAAAAUGCUAAAGUUGUCCAUGAUGAGAUUCAAACUCGCAACCUUUGAGUUGCUAGAUGUUCACAUUAUACAACCACCCAUCCACCCUGACCAACCACCCUACUUUCGUUAUUGCCUUAAGUAACCAUCUGUCUUGUGUAACCAUACCAAACAUAACAUAUCUUAUUUUUUAUGCUAUUUGACGCCUAGUCUAUGAGACCAGACUGCUUGCUUAUGUAGCUUAUAAAUGGCAUGUUAUAUGACUAAAGAGAGGCAACAUUUUGACAUAAUGAAACAGAUAAUAUUCAAGGACAAUGUUCAGUUGUCCCCUGCAAUAAUACAAAGAGAGUACACAAUGUGCUCUGUGACAGUCACAGCACCCUUCACACUGUCGCCCCUCCUUUGAGGGGUAUAAACUUGUUCAACCAAGUGUGAGAGAGCACUGAUGUCAUGGGUUGUAAUAGAGAGAACUCGUUUUAUUGCCCUUUGACAGCUAACAUUUCUGGCUUUCUAUGUUCAAUUUUGUAGUUAAGAAGACAAUUCUUGCAGCAUACACCUGUGUCUUGCGAGGCACUGGAUCCGUCCUCCUGUCAUCCCUGCAGUCCCUGCUCUCUAUGCACUGGGCCUGGUGUCCCAGGCUGGAGAACCAGGUCCAGGUCUUCUCUGUCAUGCAGUUCAUUGUCUCCUUCCUCAUCAUAGGCCCUAUAUGCUCUGUGGUGAUGCUGUACCUCCUCUGGACUGACUACUGGUGGGCCUCAUACACCACCUGGCUCGUCUAUGAUUGCAACACACACAAACAAGCUGGCCGCAGGUUCUCGUGGGUGAGGAACUGGACAGUUUGGACCUACUACCGAGACUACUUCCCUAUCCGACUUAUCAAGACCCACAACUUGUUGCCCAAUCUAAACUAUAUCCUAGGCUCCCACCCACAUGGAAUCUUUUGUUUUGGAGCACUUUGUAACUUUGCAACAGAAGCCAAUGGUUUUUCAGCCAAGUUCCCUGGAAUAACACCAUUUGUGGCUACCCUGGCUGGAAACUGCCACAUGCCAUUAGCCAGAGAGUACCUGAUGUCUGCAGGGAUUUGUCCUGUGAAUCGCGCCACACUGGAGUUCAUUCUGUCAUGUAAUGGGACAGGGAAUGCAGUCGUUCUUACUGUUGGAGGGGCAGCUGAAUCUCUGGACUGUACUCCAGGAGUUCAUUGUCUCACCCUAAAGAACCGCAAGAGCUUUGUGAAACUGGCUCUGCAACAAGGGGCUGACCUGGUGCCUGAGUACUUGUUUGGGGAGAAUGAUGUGUUUAAGCAGCUGAUUCUGAAUGAGGGAUCUUGGUGGAGGCUGAUCCAGAGGGGGCUACAGAGGAUCCUGGGCUUUGCCCCCUGUGUGUUUCAGGGCUGGGGCCUCUUCUCCCCUGACACCUGGGGCAAACCCAUCAACUCAGUUGUUGGAAAACCCAUGGAGAUGGCCAAGAUCAGUUCACCCAGCCAAGAAGAAGUGAACCAUUACCACACCAUGUACGUACGCUCCCUUACACAGCUAUUUGAAAAGCACAAGACCCACUUUGGGCUGAGGGAGGGGAAUGUACUGGUGAUUCACUGAGGUGUGGUCAUAUUCUGGCUGGGUCAGACACAAGUACUGCUCUUUGGCUGCUCCAGAUAAGCCUUGUACAUAAUGACUGAGGCUGUGACUAACAGAAAAAUCUCACAGGUCAAAGGUUAUUUAAAAUAUAUAUAUAUAUUUCACCUUUAUUUAACCAGGUAGGCCAGUUGAGAACAAGUUCUCAUUUACAACUGCGACCUGGCCAAGAUAAAGCAAAGCAGUGCGACACAAACAACAACACAGAGUUACACAUGGAAUAAACAAAUGUACAGUCAAUAACACAAUAGAAAAAUUCAAUAUACAGUGUGCGCUAAUUAGGUAAGAUUAGGGAGGUAAGGCAAUAAAUAGGCCGUAGUGGCAAAGUAAUUACAAUUUAGUAAUUAACACUGGAGUGGUAGGUGUGCAUAAGAUGAGUUUGCAAGUCAAGAUACUGGGGUGCAAAGGAGCAACAAACAAAAAAACAAUAUGGGGAUGAGGUAGUUGGAUGGGAUAUUUACAGAUGUGCUAUGUACAGCUGCAAUGAUCUGUGAGCUGCUC